AUGAUUCAAUUAAUGCCGUACUUGAGAAACUUUGUUUCAGCUAUACUCGUCAAACUAACGGAAUGUAUAUUUCUAUAUUUCUUGUGGGCUGUGAUGUCGGAUGUAAGCUGUAAAACUAUAAAGACGCAGAGAUUUGAAGAUCUAUCAUUCCCGGCACAUACACUAAUCCUGAAAGAGAAUGUGACGUGUGGAAACUACACACCUGGGAAGUUUGUGGCGCCGACAUAUACCUGUGCAGACCUCAGGGUCAACGGUCAUCGACUGGCCUAUGGCUACUACUCGGGGUGGGAGACUUCAGGAGUCCACGAGUUCGCCCAGUUGUGUCUCAUGAUGCUGAAAUCUAUUAAUGUUGAGAAACUAGGAUUCAAAGCAGCCUAUGUUCCAAAAUCCACAUGUGCCUACAUCAACGAAACUAGAAAACUACUCAAGAAAGUUUCCGGGUCAGAGUUCAAGUGGACAGAUUUCAAGCCCGGAUGGGGUUGGACAGAAACAAUUCAGUGUAUGACAGACGUGGCUAACAUUCGGUGA